AUGGUUGCCAUCAUCGUGGCUGCUGGUGCGUGUGAAGGGCGCACACAGCUCUUUGUGGCGCUCGUCACUGCUCCUCCAGACCCUGUGGUCGUCGCCUCUAGAGUAGAUGCGGAUCAGGUCACUGGAGAUGGUCCGCUGACAGCCUGCGUGACCCUAAGGCCGUCGUUCCCGUCACCAGGCGGCGCUGUUGUGACGCUGCUGGGGAGUUAG